AUGGACAUUAACAUGAAUUUAGAAGGAUCAAAUCUUCAAAUCGAUUUCAGAUUGCAAUACAGAAACAAUAAUCCCAACACAUUGACUGAAGCCAAACUUAUAUUCCCAAUGGACACAGAUAUGACCGUCAGCGAUGUAUUUAUGUCAGCAAAUAACAAAACAUUUAUAUCUUAUGCUGAAGAAAAACAGAAAGCAAGUGAAACAUACAACGAAAUGAAGACUAAUAACAAGACUGCUCUACUUGUUUCUCAAAAACAAGACAGAUUAUCAAUAAAUUUGUGCGCAAUUCCUCCAAAUUCGGAUAUUGAUAUUUCAUUCACCAUGUACACAUCAUUACCAACCGUAUUUAGUCCAUCUAAUGAACUAUUCUUUAACAGAGUUUCUCUUCCUUUGACUUUAUUCCCAAGAUACAAAUUAACUCCAAAUACAGGCUCAGAACAGGCUCCUGAGACAGUUAUAGGAUCUACAACUUACAAAUUUAACCUGAAAUUUACAAUUCCAAAAGAUUCAAAAUUUGAAACAAAAAUGGAAGAUUAUUCAAUAGAAGGUAAUGUAAUGACACUCAAAACAAUCCCUACAACUGAUUUCAAUGUUGACGUCUUCCUAAACAAGAAUCCAGUUUCAGUUAAGGAAAUCACGGGAAAUACUCAAGUUGUCAACUUCAAGAUCAACCCUCUUAACUACUUAUCCAAUAGGAAGACAGAUGUCAAGUCAAUUGUCUUCCUUCUCGAUUGUUCCGGCUCAAUGACUAUUGAUAACAGAAUAGAAAAUGCUAUCAAGGCAAUGGACCUCUUCUUACACUCUCUUGAACCAGGUGUCAAGUUCGAAAUCGUCAGAUUCGGAUCAACUUUCAAUUCAUUAUUUGAUUUCAAGCUUACAGAGUAUAAUGAUGACUCACUAAACACAGCAUUAGCAUUUAUUAAGGGUACGUCGGCUAAUCUCGGUGGAACAGAAAUUUUCAACCCAAUUAAACAGAUUUAUAACGAAUUAUCACCGGAUGUCCUCUUUGUUUUGACAGAUGGAGCCGUAGAUAAUUCACAGGCAGUCCUCGACUUCGUCAGGGACUCAUCAACAAAGAUCUUCUCCCUUGGACUUGGAGCUGGAGCUGAUAUGAACUUAGUCCGAAACUUGGCCAGCUUCACAGGAGGUGUUUCCGAACAUGUCUUGGACGCCUCUCAACUCCGCGAUUCGAUUAUUCGUCUUUUAGAAGAUUCGACAAAUCCAACUUUAUCAAAUGUCCAAAUUGAAUCAGAUUGCGGCCAACCGAUGGCACACAAUUUCCGUACAAUCCCUCGUAAUUCGUUCUACGAGCUAUUUUACUAUGGAAAAGCUGGAAAAUGCCAAGUCAAAAUUACAGGCGAAUCCAGCGGAGAGCAGAAGGAGAUUGUUAUGAGUUCAGAUGAUGCACAGUUGCUUGAUACCAGCAAACUUCUUCAUUCUGUCUUCAUAAACCGUGCGACAAAUAAUAAUAAGUUGACAGAAAAAGAAACUAUUGAUCUAGCAAAGCGUUUCAACAUCAUGACGAGAUACACAUCAUUAGUAUUAUAUGACAAUGAAACAAAACAUGAAGGAAUUUCGAAACUUGAAGAAGUUGAUGUUCCUGUUGAAAUGUUUGCGAGAAAAAUGGUUGCAAGAGCACCUCCUCCACUGAUGAAUAUGGCAAAGGCUGCUCCUUUGCAAGAUAACAUUAUGUUUGCAGCAAAUAUAAGAAGAACGAGAUCAGCUGGUGCUCAUAUUCAAGAACAAAGUUUUGAUGGUUUUGAUGCUGAUGCUGAAAAGAACAGUUUUGUUCCUGAACAAAAGAAAGAUGUUGAUGUUUGUGAUGAAAUUUCUUCACAUCAAAAAGCUAAUGGAGACUUCAAUGACAUUGAAAUGCUUGUGAAGUUGAUUAAAUUAAAUGAAAAGAUUGAUGAGAAAGAUAGAAACUUAAUGAUUUCUAUUUUACUCAGUUAUGCUAAAAACAACUGCGCAAAAUCAUUCGAAUUCAUUAUUAGAAAGUGCCAGAAAUUGUUGGAAUCAAAUGUUGGAGCUGAUGAAGCAAAUAAGUUGUUGGAAAAGGCUUCAAAGCUGAUCGGAAAGAAUUAA